CGUGGAGCGCGACCACCGCCACCAUCGACACCCCGUCCUCCUUCAUCGAGGGCGACAGCCGCCGCCGCCAUCGACUCCCCAUCGUCCUGCAUCGAGGGCAACCGCCGCCGCCAGCGGAUCGUCCCCGUUCUGCAUCACCGGCACCAGGUCCACGCCGCCGCAACAUCGAAGGACGCCGACUCUAGACAUGGAUGGUCAAGGCCCUGGCGACGAGGAGAGUGAAGAGUAUCGCCUCUUGGUUAGCAAGACCUUCAGAAGUGAGGAUGAAGGAUAUGAGUUCUAUAAUGAGUACGCAAAGGUCAAAGGGUUCAGUAUUAGGAAGGAGGAGGUGAAAUACUUGCCAGGCACACACACUCGGUUCAGGCGGCUUUACACAUGCUUUAAAGAAGGAUACCGUACAUUGGCGAACUUCGAAAAGCCUGAACCAAAAAGAACUCCAAAGGCUCUUACUCGUUGUGGAUGCCGAGCUCGUUUAGAGAUUGAGCUGAGUGCGGCUACCGGGGAAUGGUUCGUGAAGAAUUUUGAGGACAAGCAUAACCAUCCACUUGCUAAGGAAGGCCAGUCUGCUUACCUGUUCUCUCACCGCCGGAUGACAGACGGCCAGAAGGCCGAUGUAGUUGGGUAUGGGAUUGGUGGCCUCCGCACACACAAGAUAAUGGACGUAAUGGAACAUCAGGCCGGUGGUCCCGACAAGGUUGGGUUUAUAUCCGAGAUUUGUAUAACUUUGUCGCGGAGUACAAGAAGAAAAAGAUUGAAGAUGCACAGUCUCGGUUGGACUACGAUGCAUUUGGCGGAGUCCUAAUCUUUGACAGCACUCCGAAACAAGGCGAAUACAUUUCUAUUCAAAGCUUCAUUGAGCAUCCAGGAAUCACAUAGAGUGAUGGAAUUUUUUAACACUAUUUCGUUGGAUGACGACGAGAAUGACGAGAAUGCUGAGGCUGGCGAGAAUGAUGUCAAUACUGCUUCCAGAACAUUUGGUCCGUUGCCUGCAUAUUUUUCAGGGGCAAACCAAGCUUUUACUGGGAAAGUUCUCGAUCCAAUUCCGAUAAAGCCAAAAGGUGCUCCAUCUAAGAAGAGGCCUAAGGCGUUCCAUGAGAGAUUCAGACCCGCGGACUAAGGUGGUAUGUGAUUUGAAGCAAAAGGUGCUGCUGUGUCGUCUUCCGAAGGUGGUUCUCUUCCCAACGUGUGAUGAUUCUGGUACAUGGAUGUGGCGAUGUUCUGAUAAGGUUUUAGGCUUAGCUCUGAAACAUGAAACACAUUUGCUUAUUUGCUUGUUCUGAAAUGUCAGUUACAUAUGUGUUCAGUGUCAAUU